UUCAUUCAAAAGACAACCCCCACUUUUCCAAUUUUUCAUCUUUGUUUUUGCCCAGUUUGCAAAAUAGUAAAUCCCAAGAGGAAAUCAAAGUGAAAACUCUAUACUAGAGACAAGAGUUUUACAGUGGCAAAUAAUCUGUAUUCCUUUUCCUGGAGACUUUUGUUCUCUGUGUCCAAGUGUGUCUUUUACCCCAGAAUUUUUGGUUGCAGAAGACUCUUUGGAAUACUCCAUUAGAACGGCACUGUUUAAACUCCGAGUGCAGAUUAACCUGAGUGGUUUGAAACUUUACUUAUUAGAUUUGUGGACCCAAAAGAUUUGUGUCUCUGUGAGCUGAAACCUGAAGCCUUUCCGGGUAAGAAGAAGGGUGAGCUUUGCUCAAUUGGACUCAAGAUUCACAACGGCACCUCCUUAGUCUUCUUGUAGUACAAAAUCCAUCUCAAGCUUCACCACCGAUUAACUUUCGCUUGCUCCCGGCAGAGAGAUGCACAGCGUAGUCCAUCCUUAAUACAAAUGUACCCAAUUGGAGCAUAACACAAUCGUUAGAAAUGGACAUUAAGGAGGCAGAGCGAGUAGCGAUAGCUAAACCUGUUGCUUCAAGGCCUACUUGUUCUAGCUUUAAGUCAUUUACGGAGCUUCUCACAGGCGCUAUCGAUGCAUCACCCUCUAAUGUAUCUUCUGAAACUGCUGUUCCUGCCAUCAGACCGAAGACUGUAAGGUUCAAGCCAACAGUGAAUCAUCCUGUUGCUGGAUUGGUUUCUUCCCAGGCAGGGACGCCCAGUGCUGCACUCAGUAAUUCAGCAGAGAAGGUAUCAAAGUCAGAUAGUAAAUUGACUGUGCUAUACAAACCAUUGGCAAAAGUUGUAUCAAGGGCGACUGUUUCUGCCUUGGCUAAUCUGGGAAACUUCAGUGCUAGCCAGCAACAAACACAAUCAUCAGUUGGGCUUGGAAGGGUUCUACAUUCUAACCGCGAGAAACCUUACAAAACCCAACUUGUCUCAAACCUUUAUCAGAAAAGCCGAUCAUGUGCAGAGACAAGCCAGACUACAGAACCAGUAAAGAUAGGAUCACAGAAUAUGGAAGAGGAUGCAAAAGUUAUACCAGCCGCAGCCAACAGUGAUAGGCCUUCUUAUGAUGGAUAUAAUUGGAGAAAAUAUGGACAAAAGCAAGUCAAAGGAAGUGAGUAUCCGCGAAGUUAUUACAAGUGCACACAUCCAAAUUGUCCUGUGAAAAAGAAGGUUGAGAGAUCUUUGGAUGGACAAAUUGCUGAGAUUGUAUACAAGGGUGAACACAACCACUCAAAGCCUCAGCCUCCAAAGCGCAGCUCAUCUGGGACACAAGGGUCAGGUUUUGCAUCUGAUGCAACUGGUCAAGAGAACAACACCCGGUUAUGGAACAGUCAUCUUAAUGAAAAAAAUGAAGGUUCAGAAGGUAGAGUAGAGGAUCAGAAUGAAGUUGCAGUACCUGUGCAUUCUUAUCAAAACAAGUCUGUAGUACAUUAUGAUCCACUUGUAACUGGAACACUAACUGCUGGCGGUGCAACUCCUGAUAAUUCUUGUGGUGUAAGCGGAGAAUGUGAGGAAGGAAGCAAGGGAGUUGAAGCAGAGGAUUAUGAGCCUAGAAGUAAGAGAAGAAAAAGUGAAAAUCAAUCAAAUGAAGCAGGCAUAUCGGGUGAAGUCAUGGAAGAACCUCGUGUUGUGGUGCAAAGUUCUGCAGAUACUGAGAUUACAGGUGAUGGCUUUCGCUGGAGGAAAUAUGGCCAGAAAGUUGUUAAGGGAAAUCCAUAUCCAAGAAGUUACUACAGAUGCACCAGUGUCAAAUGCAGUGUUCGUAAGCACGUAGAGAGAGUCUCAGAGGAUCCGAAAGCCUUUAUCACAACAUACGAAGGAAAACACAACCAUGACAUGCCACUGAGGACGGCAAACCCAGGAGCAUCAUCAGAAAAGGAUACACAGGCCCCUCCUUCAAGUAAAGAAAAGCCAUGAGUCUGAAAUUCACACUCAGUGAUCAAGCAUCUUUAAUCUGACAAAAAUGUCAAAUAGAGCUUGGCAGCUUGCUGUGCAUUCAAAUCAUAUCAUAUUAUAUCAGACCACCAAGUAAGCUGCAGUGACAUUCUGAUGCCCACUUUGAUUGGUCUGCUGCAGAUACUUGGUGGAAUGGAAUCUCUUUGAAAGUUGCUGCUUGAUGCAGACAUUUAUUUACGUGGGUUUCUGGAAAUACAGAAAUGGCUGGAAACAUUUUUGGCUGAAUUUUCCCUACUGCUGCAUUAGUUAGUUCAAUAUUAGUAGAGUAACAUAAUUUUUCUCUUCUAAUUUUCAAGCUACUUCAUAAUAAAAGUCUUAUUAGCUACACAUGAUGGCAGUUAGGUGAUAACUUGGUGGCAUUCUACCCACUCGUGUAAGGACACGGACAGUUUAAUGAUUCAAUUUUUAGUGAGGCAAUGGUUGUGUUAUUGUCUAUUACUAUCAGAAAGGUAAAAUUUACAGAUUGUAUAGGGCUGAUCGUAAAGUUUUACGUACCUUAGAUCCAGGUUCUUUAUGUGCU